GGAAAGGGGCCGUGGCCACGUCGAGUGUGUGCACGUGCGAAUGUGUAACAACGAACCCCGCCGCCAUCUACGACUACCUCCGCCAACACCGACAGGCGAGAGACGCGGAGAGGGCCGCCGCCCGCCAGGCAGCAAGAUGGCGGCCCGCGCCGAGCCCCUUCCGGCUCACUUAAAAUGGCGGCGGGGGCGGGACCGCGCGAGGCGGGGAGGGGCGUGGCCGCGCGGGGCACGCCGGGACGCGCGCGGGCUGCCGGGAAGGGGCGGAGCGCGGCCGCGCCGGCGCGUCGAGCCAGAGGCAGCAGCCGCGAUGGACGUGUUCCUCAUGAUCCGGCGCCACAAGACCACCAUUUUCACGGACGCCAAGGAGUCGAGCACCGUGUUCGAGCUGAAGCGCAUCGUCGAGGGCAUCCUCAAGCGGCCGCCCGACGAGCAGCGGCUCUACAAGGAUGACCAGCUACUCGAUGACGGCAAAACUCUGGGCGAGUGUGGCUUCACCAGCCAAACAGCACGACCACAGGCCCCAGCCACAGUGGGGCUGGCCUUCAGGGCAGAUGAUGCCUUUGAGGCCCUGCGCAUCGAGCCCUUCUCUAGCCCACCAGAGCUUCCAGAUGUGAUGAAGCCUCAGGAUUCCGGAGGCAGCGCCAAUGAACAAGCUGUGCAGUGAGGGCCUCAGGCCCACCCUUGAGGCCCAUUCCCCCCAAUAAAAGAGAUUUGGGUGUCCGCCUGGUUCCUGCCUCUUUCUCCACACCCUCCUCCCUACUCCAGGCAUUGAUUGCCCUCCCUGGGAUGGGUCCUGCUCCCCCAUAUCUCUUUGGGCUCUUACCAGGCUAAUGCUAUGCUGUCUGAGAACUUGACCCAGCCUGCCCCUCACAUGGGAUCUGGGCUGUCCCGAGGGCCAAGCUACUCCCAGCCUUGAAGAGGUCAGAAUUCUGAGCCCUGGGCCAGCCUGAUGCAGUAGGGGACAAUAUUUCCAGCCUUUGUUCAAGGUGUGCUGCCCCAUUUCCAGGUGUCCUGUCUGCCUCCAAGCCUUCUGAGGGACUCAAGUUCCAGGCUGGAACCAGUUGCCUUGGUCUGAGUGGGUUCCAUGAGGCAACCACAGGAGCCCCACCCCGCCACCCAGGGCUUCAGGAGAUCUAGGGCAAAAAUCUGGGGGAUUUGCAGUGAGGGUGGAGAUGGAGGUGGCUCUUUUCCAUUGCUCUUGCCACUUAAAAUAAACAGUCUAUAGACCCAA